GGAAAGCUGAGUUCGGUGGUGUUUAUAAGGGGCCCACGAGGCUAAGCUCCAAAAAUGUUCCGCUGGAUGGUGCUGUGGAUCACUGUGGGGCUGGUGGCAGCUCUGGAUGUGCGGGAAUUCGAUCCACAGGUGGCACCGCCGCAAAGUUCAGUUCCAAAACCCUUUCAGCUGUGGCGAAAUUUCGCGAGUCAGCUGCGGCUUGUCUUCAGUCGCCUUCAGCCAAAAGCACCCACUCCGCCCACCGUUAGGACCAGGACGGGUAUAACCACCAGUACUUCCGAGCCCGAACUGCAGUUCUAUGGAGCUCUGAAUCCCAUAUAUCAAACAGGAAACUUUUAA